AUGACUUACAUUAGAGCUGAGAGAAUAAAGUUAUCAACAAAAAGUACUCACGCUCAUAAAAUAAAACGCCUCUUGGAAAAUAAUAGCAAAAGUUCAGUUUGUACCCAAAACCAACAUAGUUUUGGCAGAUCGGAUGGGAGUGUAGUAAAUCUAUCUUCACACGCCUUAUCAGCUGAGGCGCAGAAAGUGCUAUCACGAGGCUUAAACUUUGCAAUAACACCUAGCAGAGUUCCAGUGGAGUCUAUAGUAUCUAGUGUCGAAAGCUGUCUCAUGCGCAAUAAGGUGCCUGGACCGGACGCUGAAUGCCUUAGACAAGAUAUAUCUGCUUUAAUACGCAGACACAAGAGUCCGAAACAGAACAUCACUAGGCAAGAGUUCCAGGCGCUUAUGUCUCUUCGCAAUAAUCCGAAUAUUCUCGUUUUACCGGCGGACAAGGGCAACGCGACUGUCAUAAUAGAUACAGCUGAAUAUGAACAAAAAGUCGAUGAACUAGUUAGUGAUACCAGUACAUAUAAAAAGGUAAACUACAAUCCGACAGCUCGAGUUACGUCCAAACUGAACAAGAUCUUGUCCUCGCUGUCAGAUGGAGAGAGAAAACGACUACGUCCCUUGAACCCGACACCUCCAAAAAUAUACGGUUUACCCAAAAUCCACAAACCAAAUUGGCCGCUACGUCCCAUUGUUAGUCAAAUCGACUCGCCAACGUAUAAGUGCUCACGUCACAUGGCGGAUUUUUUGCAAACUUUGACUGGGAAAACGACGAGCUUCAUAAGGGAUUCCACACACUUCAUUCGCUUAUUGCGAGAUAUAAGAAUUCAAGAUGACGAGGCAAUGGUCAGUUUUGACGUGGCAUCUUUAUUCACUAACGUACCGGUAGCGGAAACUAUUGAUAUAAUAAAGCAACACCUUAUUGUUAACAACUUACCUACUGAGUACAUAAGUCUGAUAGAAUUUUGCCUCAAGAGUGGCUAUUUCCUCUGGCGAGGGGAUUUUUAUUUACAAGUGGAUGGAGUGGCGAUGGGCUCGCCAAUAGCCCCGGUGGUGGCCAACAUAUUUAUGGAAAAUUUCGAGAAGGAAGCGUUGAACAGUGCGCCAGUCAAACCUAGAUACUGGCUGAGAUACGUAGACGAUGUGUUUGCUAUAGUUUCCAGACGACACAUAGGGCAGCUACUGGAUCACUUGAACGAAAUGCAUCCUAGGAUACGCUUUACGACGGAGGAGGAAAAAGAUGGAACCCUCCCUUUCCUGGAUGUAUUAGUGAAGCGUGAAUCGAGUGGGUGUCUAGUGCACACGGUGUACAGGAAACCGACGCACACCGAUCGGUACCUAAAGGCGGAUUCCCAUCAUCAUCCGUCUUACCUAUCGUCCGUGCCACGCACUCUCAUCAAUCGUGCACUUCGCUUAUGCGAUCCUCAGUUCGUAGAGUCGGAACUGACGCACGUGAGACGAGUUCUUGAGGACAAUGGCUACAAAUGGAGACAAAGCCUUAGGCUAGCAAACACGACCGGUAAGACACGGCCUCAGGUUGUGGAGCGAGUCCCGGCAUAUCUACCUUAUAUGCGGGGGGUGACGGAUAAGAUUGGACACUUGUUACGCCGCAAGUAUAGUAUCAAGACAAUUUUCCGGCCCCUUACGCAGAUAAGGAGAGUUUUACGUUCGCCGAAAGAUCGUACCCCCUUAGAUGGCCCAGGCGUCUACGAAAUUCCAUGCGAUUGCGGCAAAAGUUACAUUGGGGAAACGGGGCGCAACAUUAAUACCAGGCUCACAGAGCACAUUCGUUGCAUGCGCAAACUGGACAGCAACACGUCAGCGGUUGCGGAACACGCCCUUACCUCCAACUCUCAUUACAUUAGGUUCGACCGAGUGAAAGUCUUGGCUCGUGACAAAAACUUCGUGUCACGUAAGUUACUCGAAGCCAUUGAAAUCCGACGUCGACCUAAUUUUAAUAGAGAUAAGGGUUGGUCUCUGUCUCCGGCGUGGGAACCCGUGUUGCUGAGACCGAAGCAGAAGAACAACGAAGAUGGUGUUGAAUACGUGUCGGACAUCGUCAAGGUGAUCAUCAUGUCGAAGCACUCGCCUCCUUGUCGGCUUUUUGUUGACAACUGGCUGUGUAUUUAUGCUGUCUAA